CCGCCGAGGGAGUUGCGCCUCAGAGACCCAGGCCACGGCCAGCACUCGGCUCCGGGCCCGCCCCUCGCCGUGCGCCCCGCCCCGCCCCGCCUGGCUCUCGCAUGUAAAGCGCCCGACGCGCACCUCCCACCGCCGCACUUUCACUCUCUGUUAGCCGAAGUGCCAGCUCUGCGUCCGGCCCGCGACCCGCGCUAAUCCGCCCGCCAGCCAGCGCCAUGAAUGCCAAGGUCGUGGUCGUGCUGGCCCUCGUGCUGACCACGCUCUGCCUCAGCGACGGGAAGCCUGUCAGUCUGAGCUACAGAUGCCCAUGCCGAUUCUUCGAAAGCCAUGUUGCCAGAGCCAACGUCAAGCAUCUCAAAAUUCUCAACACUCCGAACUGUGCCCUUCAGAUUGUAGCUCGGCUGAAGAACAACAACAGACAAGUGUGCAUUGACCCGAAGCUAAAGUGGAUUCAGGAGUACCUGGAGAAAGCUUUAAACAAGAGGUUCAAGAUGUGAGAGGGUCAGACGCCUGAGGAACCCUUACAGUAGGAGCCCAGCUCUGAAACCAGUGUUAGGGAAGGGCCUGCCACAGCCUCCCCUGCCAGGGCAGGGUCCCAGGCAUCGCCAAGGGCUUUGUUUUGCACACUUUGCCGUAUUUUCACCAUUUGAUUAUGUAGCAAAAUACAUGACAUUUAUUUUUCAUUUAGUUUGAUUAUUCAGUGUCACUGGUGACACAUAGGAGCUUAGACUAAGGCCAUUAUUAUACUUGCCUUAUUAGAGUGUCUUUCCAUGGAGCCGCUCCUCUGACUCAGGGCUCCUGUGUUUUGUAUUCUCUGAGCUGUGCAGAUGGGGAGACUGGGCUGAAGGAACCUCACCCCCAUGGUCAGCCCUAGGGUGGAGAACCACCAGGAGGGAUGCCUGUGGGUGCCAGGACCAGUCAACCUGGGCAAAGCCUAGUGAAGGCUUCUCUCUGGGAUGGGAUGGUGGAGGGUCACACGGGAGGCUCACCCACUUCUCCAUCCACAUGGGAGCCAAGUCUGCCUGUUCUGGGAGGGCAGCAGGGCUACCCUGAGCUGAGGCAGCAGUGUGAGGUCAGGGCAGAGUGAGACCCAGCCCUCAUCCCGAGUACCUCCACAUCCUCCACGUUCUGCUCAUCAUUCUGUGUCUCAUCCAUCAUCAUGUGUGUCCACGACUGUCUCCAUGGCCCCGCAAAAGGACUCUCAGGACCAAAGCUUUCAUAUAAACUGUGCACCAAGCAGGAAAUGAAAAUGUCUUGUGUUACCUGAAAACUGUGCACAUCUGUGUCUUGUUUGAAAUAUUGUCCAUUGUCCAAUCUUGUGUUUUUGUUCAAAGCCAGCAUCCUCCUCUGUGACCAAUGUCUUGAUGCAUGCACUGUUCCCCCUGUGGAGCCGCUGAGCGAUGAGAUUCCCCUUAGAGUGCAGUCCUGAUCAGAGCCGUGUUCCUUUGGGGUGAACUACCUUGGUUCCCCCACUGAUCACAAAACCAUGGUGGGUCCAUGGGCAAAGCCCAAGGGAAUUUGGUGUGCACCAGGGUUGACCCCAGAGGCUUGCUGCCCCAUCAGUGCUCCCUCACCUGUCAGUACCUUCAAACUAGGGCCAAGCCCAGCAGUGCUUGCAGAAAACAAGCAUUCACAACUUGUUUUUGGUUUUUAAAACCCAGCCCAUAAAAUAAUCAAUCCUGGACGUGAAGAUUUCUUCCCAAUUCACAUCUAACCUCAUCUUCUUCACCAUUUGGCAUUGCCAUCAUCUCCUGCCUUCCUCCCUGGGCCCUCUCUGCUCUGCGUGUCACCUGUGCUUCGGGCCCUUCCCACAGGACAUUUCUCUAAGAGAGCGAUGUGCUGUGCAAAGAGUAAGUCAACCUGCCUGACAUUUGGAGUGUUCCCCUUCCACUGAGGACAGUCAAUAGAGCUGUACUAAGCCACUUAAAAUGUUCCCUUUUGACAAAGGCAAGCACUUGAGGGUUUUUGUUUUGUUUUUCAUUCAGUAUUACUAAUACUUUUCCCCUUUGAUUAAAGACCCCAGUUUAAAAAAAAAUUAAUGAAGAAAGUGGAAAACACGAAAGUCAAAGCAAGGACACUGUGUGUAACAUGUAGGAAGUAGGAAGUAAAUUAUAGUGGCGUAAUCUUGAUUUGUAAAUGUUUUUGAAUUUAAUAAUCUGUAGAGUUAUUAGUAACGUGUUAAGUAUUUUCAUAAGUAUUUCAAAUUGGAUCUUCAUGACAGAAGGCAAAUCCAUCAACCAAAAUUGUCCCUUAAACAAAAAUUAAAAUCCUCAAUCCUGCUAUGUUACAUUGAAAAGCUAGAGCCUGAGGGAUCUUUAUUAGUUAUAAAGACACAGAACUCUUUCAAAACCUUUUGAAAUUAACCUCUCACUAUAGCAGUAUAAUUGAGUUUUCAGUGGGGCAGCCAUUAUCCAGGUAAUCCAAGAUAUUUUAAAAUCUGUCACGUAGAACUUGGACUUACCUGCCCCCAAUCCAUGAACCUAGACCAUUGAAUUCUUGGUUGAGGAAACAAACAUGACCCUAAAUCUUGACUAAAGUCAGGAAAGGAAUCAUUUCUAUUUCUCCUCCAUGGGCGAAAAUAGAUAAGAGUAGAAACUGCAGGGAAGAUUAUUUGCAUAACAAUUCCUCUGCUAACAAUCAGCUCCUUGGUGGAGACUGCCCAGCUAAAGCAAUAUGCAUUUAAAUGCAGUCUUCCUUUGCAAGGGAAAAGGCUCUUGUAAUCCAAAUCUCUUUUUGCUUUCAAACUGCUAGUCAAGUGUGUCAGGGAGCUGUUGACUAGGGAUCCCUCAUCUGUCCUGGGACCUGGUGUUGCCUCUACCUGACAUUCCCUUGGGCUCCCAGUAACCUCUUUGGAGGCCCUCACUGCCAGCUCUGCAUCAGGACCCAGAGGAAGGGGCCAGAGGCUUGUGGACUGGCUGUGUGUUGGGAUUGAGUCUUUGCAACGUGUUUGUGCUGCUGUGUGUCCCCCUCUGUCCAGGCACUGAGACACCAGCGAGGAGGCUCCAGAGGGCACUCUGCUUGUUAUUAGAGAUUACUCCCUGAGACAAAAGGUUCAGCUUGGAGCAGAGGGGCUGAAUAGCAGAAAGUUCCCCUCCUCCCCCACCACCCACAACCUUAGAUGUUCUAAGUCUUUCCAUUGGAUCUCAUUGGACCCUUCCAUGGUGUGAUCUUCUGACUGGUGUUAUCACCAUGGGUUCCCUGACUGGGAGUUGAUCACCUUUCCCAGGUGCUACACCCUUUUCCAGCUGGAUGAGAAUUUGAGUGCUCUGAUCCCUCUACAGAGCUUCCCUGACCCAUUCUGAAGGAGCCUCAUUCCUGGGAAAUACUCCCUAAAAACUUCCAAAUCCCCUAAGCAGACCACUGACAAAACCAUGUAGAAAAUUUGUUAUUUUGCAACCUCGCUGAACUCUCAGUCUCUGAGCAGUGAAGGAUUCAGUGUUAAAUGUGACGAAUACUGUAUAUUGUAUUGUUUCAAUUGCAUCUCCCAGAUAAUGUGAAAAUGGUCCAGGAGAAGGCCAAUUCCUAUAUGCAGUGUGCUUUAAAAAAUAAAUAAAUAAGAAACAACUCUUUGAGAAACAACAAUUUCUACUUUGAAGUCAUACCAAUGAAAAAAUGUAUAUGCACUUAUAAUUUUCCUAAUAAAGAUCUGUACUCAAAUGUA